GCGGCUUACAGCUGUGAUUGACACAAUAUUUGGACAAACGAGAUGAGGCCCCCGACUCUGACAUUUUUAUUGGACCAAUGGGCGAAAGACAACUUUGUCGCUGUCGGCCGCUUUGGACCAAUCAGACGAAACAAAGGGGCGGGAUGUAAGCGGGUGGGUAGCAACAGUUGCCCGGGUGAGGAGGAAGCGCCAUAGCCACGGUAGUCCUGGCGACAAGAACCCAGCAACGAGAAUCAACAACAACAGCCCGAUUCAUUGAAACAAUAAAACAAAUCCAAAAUACCGGUGGAAAAUUCACUCGGACUAAAAGACUUUAAACCAGGCUAUCUCAAUGGCAACUCCAGCCUAUGUGGGGGAGCUGCAACAGGCCUCCCAGGCUCAAGGGGGCACCGUAACCGUAGCAUCGGGGCAGGCUGCCGCUGCUGCCGCCUCUGCAGCCCCUCAGCAAUUCCUGGCAGAGCUGCAGACCACCGUAGCAUCCGGCUCAGUGUCGGCGCCCACAGGCCAGACAACGCCCCCUCCUACAACAGCCCAGAAAACACAAGUAGUUGCCCAAGCCCCGCCCACUCAAGCUCCACCCACACAGACCCAGUAUGUCACAGCUGAGAUUCAGAGUUCACCCACACAGUCCACCAAUGCCCAGAACACGCCACAGUACAUUGUGGUCACAGUUACAGAGGGCUCCCUCCACUCCAAUGACUCAGUUUCAGACUCCAGUCCUCCUCCUACAGUGGUGCAGACUGGAGUUCCCACUCAAGUGGUGCAGCAGGUGCAGUCAGCCCAGCAGAGGUCAGUGGUUCAAGCCACAUCUCAGACAACCAAGACUGAACAGGGCACCCAACUGAGUGUCACCAGCCUUCAGCCUGUACACUUGACUCAGGAGCAGCUUCAGCAGGUGCCAGUACAGCAUGUGUACACUAACCAGGUGCAGUACGUGGAGGGAGACACUAACUACACUACCAGUACCAUUCGCUCCAGCAGUUUUCCCUACACGGACACUCCCUUGUACACCCAGACCAGCGGCGGUCAGUACUAUGAGACCACCUCUGCCUCUGGCUCCCAGGCUGCCUCCCCUGGCACCCCUCUGACCGUUGCAGUGACCACAGGCUCCACUGGCGUCUCAAUGUUUGUUGCUGGGACGGGCCAGAUUGUGGCCAACCCCACGGCCGGCACAGCGGGUGGAGCCACAGCUGUGAUCGCAGCCUCAGGGGCGGCAUCCAGUGGCUCUGGAGAAGGAGGGGGUGGGGCUAACGGCAGUGGUGGUAGUUACGUGAUACAGGGAGGCUACAUGCUGGGCAGUGGGGGCACCAGCAGCAGCAGCAGCGGAAAUGGGCAGAGUUAUUCUCACACAGCCCGCGCGUCCCCAGCCACCGUGAGUAUUAGCGAGGGAGAGGAGAAUAGCGUGCCGUCGGCAGACAAAAAGCUGUCCUCUGGCCCUCAGGUGCAGUGGUUGUUGGAUAAUUAUGAGACGGCGGAGGGCGUGAGCCUGCCACGCUCCACCCUCUACUGCCACUACCUGCUGCACUGCCAGGAGCAGAAGCUGGAGCCCGUUAAUGCUGCUUCCUUCGGCAAGCUUAUCCGCUCUGUUUUCAUGGGCUUGAGAACGAGACGACUGGGCACCCGAGGGAACUCUAAAUACCACUACUAUGGGCUGAGGAUCAAAGCCAGCUCCUCUCUUCUCCGGCUGAUGGAGGACCAGCAACACCUGGCCAUGAGACAGCAGCCAUUCUCACAAAAACAGAGGUUGAAGCCAGUCCAUAAAAUGGAAGGAAUGACUAAUGGAAUGUCAUCAGGAACGGGACAGCAACAGCAGCAACAGGGAUCAGGUCUUUCUGAUAUCAGUGCUCAGGUGCAGCAGUACCAGCAGUUUCUGGAUGCAUCUCGUGCCCUCCCAGAGUUCCCUGAUAUCGACUUGCAGGGGAAACCUUUGCCAGAAGGUAUCGAGCUGGAGCACAUUAAGAGUUUUCAACUGCUCUACAGAGAGCACUGCGAGGCCAUCCUGGACGUGAUGGUGAACCUGCAGUUCACACUGGUGGAGACUCUGUGGAAAACCUUCUGGAGAUUUAGCGAGAGCCAGGCUGGAGACACAGCCACGCUAGCUGUUCAUGACGAGUCAGAGAAACGGCUGCCCAAGUCAUGCCUGGUGAUGCUGUGUAAAUAUGACCCAGUGCUCCGCUGGAGCCGGGACUGCGACAACACGCUGUACCAGGGCCUGGUGGAGAUCCUCAUACCAGACGUACUGAGACCCAUACCCAGUGCCUUAACUCAAGCCAUCCGUAACUUUGCCAAGAGUCUGGAAAGCUGGCUCACUAACGCCAUGAUGAACAUUCCUGAGGAGAUGGUCCGCAUCAAGGUGACGUGUGCGAACGCCUUUGCGCAGACCCUGCGCAGGUACACAUCUUUAAACCAUCUAGCUCAGGCUGCCCGCGCAGUGCUGCAGAACACCGCACAGAUCACCCAGAUGCUCAGUGACCUCAACCGAGUGGACUUCGCUAAUGUGCAGGAGCAGGCUUCUUGGGUGUGCAGAUGUGAGGAUCGGGUGGUGCAACGCUUGGAACAGGACUUUAAGCUGACUCUCCAGCAGCAGAACUCACUGGAGCAGUGGGCAGCUUGGCUGGACGGUGUGGUGUCACAGGUUCUAAAGCCCUACCAGGCCAGUUCAGCCUUCCCCAAGGCUGCCAAACUCUUUCUGCUCAAGUGGAGCUUCUACAGCUCUAUGGUGAUCCGAGAUCUCACACUGCGCAGUGCAGCAAGUUUCGGGUCGUUUCACCUGAUCCGUCUGCUGUAUGAUGAGUACAUGUAUUACCUUAUAGAACACAGAGUGGCUCAGGCCAAAGGAGAAACUCCGAUCGCUGUAAUGGGCGAGUUCGCAAGCCUUGGUCGCAGUCUGAAUACACUGGAUCCAGAUAAAGAAGAGGAAGAGGAGGAGGAAGAAGAGAGUGAUGAUGAGUGUCAGGAGUUGGCGCUGCCUCCUGAUGGAGCUGCUCUGGGGGAGGAGUCUCUGGAACCUCCGGCCAAGCUGGCCAGAACCGACCAGAGAGUACUGUUCAGCACGGGCAACACAGAGAACUGAAAACACAUGCACUUACACACAUGCACUCACACACACUCAACCACACACACACCCCUAACUACACACACUCACACACCACACUGACAUUCAGUAUGUACACACAGUGGAAAAUAUGCUGCAGCCCACACAAGCCCACUCUUGUCACGCAAACACUUGCUCCCUCACACAAACACACACACUGUAACAGAGGCACAUACGGCAGGACACAUUUACAACAUAAUCACUGGCACAGGUUAAUAUGGCCAUGCAGGGCAUAGGAGAGACCUAUAGGAUCCAACAGACCUCUAAAUUUUCGUCUUUCUGUAGUCAGUGUCGUGCCCAUAUUGGGAGCUCUGGGUCUAAACUGGAUUUCUAUGCGUGAAAAAUGAAUGGUGCUUUUGACAAAACCUUGCGUUUUGCACCCUGUUGUAAACAACAGUGUCCCAAAGCUGAUACACUUUGCUGUACAGAGAGAAACUAACUUUCUCAGGCUGUGACAGAAAUGGGCCCCUACUCCCGCAUUAGUAUUGCACUACAUAUGGGAGAGCUGUGUAGUUAACUAGUGUUAAAAUACAGUAAUAAAAAAUUCAGACACUGUGUCGUCUUCAGCCUGCAUUGCUGCUGUCUAGUUGCAUAAACAAACUAACAUAAGUUGCUUCCGAGGCCAAAUUGGCCAUUAAGGUUAGCUAAUAUUCCUCUGUCCGUUGCUUAGUAACACAAGACUCACAAUGCCCUUUAUGCAGUUUGUUUGGUGGAAAUUACAAGUGCAUUGUAAGAUUAAACAGUGCGCUCAAAAUUGCUCUGGAAUUCCAUUUUAGGCAGAAAAAUUGGCAACAUACUCAAUAAUGCACUAAAAUGCAAAGAGAGAUCUAUUUUGGUCAUAGCCUCAGGUUUCUUUUAUAGUGAUAGUGAUAGGAACCAGGCAUCACAAUGUCUACAGUACUACCAUUUUAAUUACUAUUCAAAAAGAGCAGUUAGCCUACACACAUCUAUAUACACAGAAGUGUGUGUGUGUGUGUAUAUACAUAUUCACACAUACAUAAUGUUGAUAAUCGUAAAAAAUAGUGGUAAAUUCCUUUGUGGUGCUAUUUUGCCUUGCAUGAAUCAUGCUACCAUGAGUGGAUUUUAAAAAGUAGGUUUUAAGCACAAAACCUUGUCUCAGGCAUCAGGAAGAGUACUUAGUGUAAUCAUUUUUCAUGAGGGAGCUUUUAGAGGCUCUUCAGAUGUCUGCUACCUAUUACCACUAUAAUUGUGAACAGUUCUGUAAGUUUGUAUAGAAUGGGGCAUUUCAUAUCAAACCAUUCUGAAUGAAUCAAUUCAUAGAUAAAGUAUUUAAUAAUCCAAAACUUCAGAAAAAUCAGCAGAAUACCCCAUUAAGGUGCCAAAAUAUGAAUAAUGCUAACAGUGCUGAGUGCUGCACUGACAUCAUCAGAUGUCACCUCAACAAAAUACCUCACACAAACCAGCAAGCUUUGUCGAACCAAGUAGUUAAGUUGUUUCAGCAGUAGUAGGCUACAGUUUGGGUAGCUGGUGUUGGUAUAUAAUAGUGUUGAAGUUUAGUAGUAGACUUGCUUUCAUUGAUGUCAUUUCAGUGCGCACAAGCGUUAACUUGCUCAUAGCAUGCAUGUGGAAUUAUUGAGAGGAUCCAGUGACACUCGGAGGGUAAAAUGUAUACGUAUCAGAUUUGGAAUGUUGUACACUACAGGGCGCACCUGUGGUGAUUAUUUUUAAAUAGGGCAUUCACUUUUCUCAUAGAGAAAAUCUGGAGCUCCUAAUGUGGGCAAGACGCCGACUACAGAAUGACUUCAGAGGCCUAUAGAAAUGCAGUGGAAUCCUGGACCGUACUGAACACAGACACACCUCACAAACGCACACAACAAAUAGAAUGUGUGUGGGUGUGUCAGUGAGCCCAACGACGUGUGAACGCAAUGGAGAGGCUUUGUCUUUAUUUCCCAACGCCGGCACACGGUGCUGUGUCAAAGACAACAACAAAAACAGCAUGGGACUAGAAACGAAGCCUGAAGAUUCUCUGGACACAGCAUCAGGCACAAAGUGGCCACAUGAGGUUCUGUGGACGUCAUUCAAACUCCUGCGGCCUACGAGGGCAAAACAGGCACAUGUGGGAGAUUGGCUGUAAGUGCGCGUGUGCGUAUGUAUGUGACGUAAUGUUGGCGGCAGCCCCGCUGUGUGUUGUCUGUGUGUUUGUGGGUGCACCGGGGCCUUACUGCCGCGCUGAUUUUACCAGUGUGAACGUGCGUGCUUUUUUUGUGUUUGUGUGUGUGUGCGUAUGUCUGUAUAUAUGUGUGUGUUUGUGGUUCUCAAGAAGUGUUGAUAGUUGUUUAUGUUGGUGGAUAUUUUCAAAGGCAUCCAUAUCUCUUUUGUUUUUGUUGCCUUCAUUGAACACUACUGUGUGCUACAUCCUUGUCAGUGCUGAGUAGAUGCAGUUCAACUAUAAAGAUAGGGAUGUUUUUUGUUUUUCCCCAUCAUUGUGUCACUUUAAUUCUCUCAUCUCUGAUUUGAUUACAUUUAAUGGCUUGUCGUAUAUCUGAUUCUGACCUACACUCUCUCUUUACCAAAACUGCCUACACAGUCUCCUACACCCAGAGAGAGGGAGGGUGCAAAACUCACAUUAAUAUUGACAUGUCGUUUCGCAGAGUUAACAAGGAGUGACCUGUGGAUAUACAGUACUGUGCAAAAGUCAGAGACCGCCCUUUGUUUAUUUAAUUUCCAGUCAUUUUUCAGCAUCAGAAAAAAAGCAGAAACGAUAUUUCACAGAAAAGUACAAAGAAGCCUUAACAACUGAAUAUGAUUUCUAAUUUCUCCAUAUUUAAUGUUUCUCCUUUUGCCUUUUAUUAAAGCUUUCAAUCUUUUUAUGAGACUUGCUUUCAGUUUUUCAAUGAAAUCCACACCUCCAAAGUUCAGUCUGAAGUUGGUUGUUAUUUGUGCUUCUCACAAGCCAAGUAAUCCCAAGCACAUUCAGUGAUGUUGAGGUCUCUGGGGUGGUCAGUCUAUUAUACUGAGACCACUAGUAGCUUCUUUAGUUGAUGAUGCAGAAUUUCAUCUUUUUGGUCCAGCUACACAUCUUUUCAGACUCGUGUUGAGUUGUCUUCACACAGUGGAAAGAUGGACAGAAACACCUGUGGAUUUUUUCAAAUGUGAAGCAAGAGCGGAGCUUGAUUUUCUCUGCUCCCUCUCUCACAAGGAUGAAAGCUUUAAAUACUGUUCAUCUGAUGGUGGUCCACCAGGGCUUACAUGAUUAUUAGGAGUUCCAUUUGUGUCUUAGUAAAUUUAACUCCUAUUUUGGAAACUCCUGUUUUUCACUUGUUUUUUAACUUUUCCCUUUCUUAUGCAAGUGGAAUCUUAUAUCUAAUCUCAUAAAUAUCUCAAGAAAAAAUGACUAAUGCAUAUUUUAUCAGCUGUUUUGACUGGAAACUGCUAGGGUUGUCUCUGACUUUUGUGCAGCAGUACGUUUUCAAAUCUUUUCAAUCUGUCUUUUUGACCCAUUUGCCCCCAUCUUUCCUAAGCAGGCUGACUCACUCAUUAUACCUGUGUUGGAACACAUGUAUUUGAUCCUUUUCCUGUGUUGUAUUGAAACAGUGUGUCACUGUAAUUCUAUACCUGUCUCCCUUUGACUGAGGGAUCCUAAAGUAUGUCACAUCAAUUCUGUUUCCUUCGCUACGUGUUUAACACUAUUUAUUAGACUGUACAUUUUGCGAGACUCUGACGCGAAUAUUGGCUGCCCUGGUGUUAUCAACAAACGUAAACCAGCAUGUACUCUCUCCUCUCUCCCUCAGAAUCUAGUGGUACAAAGACAGAAAAGACAUAUCACACAAUCUUCUGAAGAAGGCUUUCAGUACAAUAGCCAUUUUCAAAACAGAAAAAUUUCCCUUUUAAGCUCAUUUCUGUUUCUUAUUAAAAAAAAAAAAGAAGAUAAAAAAAAGAGUGGCAGUGUUUUAUGAAUCUUCUGAACCACAAGAAUGAUUGUGCCUUUGGAGUAAUCGAAUGAAAUUCAAAGGUUUUUAAUUUAAGAUAUGAAUAAAAUAAGAAUUUCUAAAAUUGUGAAUUUGUCCAACAAAA